AUGUCGACUUCAGCGCCCGAGUACCUGCGAUUCACAGGCCAUCGGGCCUUUGCCCAGCGCCUCGUUCUCUCGACGUUGACUGGCCGACCCGUCCACAUCUCCAAGAUCCGCAGCUCCUCCCCGACGAACCCUGGCCUUGCGCCCCAUGAGGUCUCCUUCUUGCGCCUGCUCGAGGCCAUCACCAAUGGCUCCUCCAUGCAGAUCUCCUACACCGGUACGACCAUGACAUAUCACCCCGGCCUGAUCACGGGGACAAUACCGGGGCAGGGCGCGACGGAAGGCGAUGUCAUUGAACAUCUACUCCCACACAACUGCGCCCGUGGAGUGACAUACUUCCUCUUGCCGCUCUGUCUCCUCGCACCCUUCUCGAAAUCACACAUGAAUGUCCGCUUCUCCGGCUCGGGCGUCAUCACAUCAUCCACCGAAACAGGCGAUCCUUCCGUCGACACCUUCCGAACCGCCAUCCUCCCUCUCUUUGCCCUCUUCGGCAUCCCACCCGCCCGCAUCGAGAUUCGGGUAUUGCAAAGGUCAUGCGCAGGUCCGCAAGGCAAAGGCGGCGGUGGUAUGGUGGAACUACGGUUUGCAAGCCAGGUUCGGUUACCCAAGACAUUACACCUCAACCGGAGCCCUGGGAGGAUAAAGAGGAUACGAGGUGUGGCCUACUCAACUGGCGUGUCUGCGUCAAACAACGCGAGAAUGAUUCAUUCGGCGAGGGAGAUCCUGAACCCAUUUGUAUCCGACGUUCACAUCGCCGCACAGUACGAUCAAGCGCCAUUGGUUGCUACAGGGGACAAGACGGGAAGCAAACGAAGACUGGGUAUUGGGUACGGGCUGAGCCUGGUCGCCGAGUCAAGCGCCGCAGGUGUGAUUUACUCUGCCGACGUGGUUGUGCCACCGAGUGGAGGAGAGGUCCCGGAAGACAUCGGCAAGAGAUGCGCAUAUCAACUGCUGGAGACCAUUUCCAAGGGUGGAUGUGUCAGCCCGGUAGCGGCGAACACUAUACUCGUGUUGAUGGCAAUGGGCUCAGAAGACGUUGGCCGGUUACGAAUAGGGCGUGAAGUCCUGGGCAGUGAAGAGAUGGUUGGCUUGGCACGGGACUUGCGAACGUUCGGAGCAAGCACUUGGGGUCUACGCGAUGUGGAGGACGAGACCGAUGACAUCCUAAUUUCCGUCAAGGGAACUGGCGUUGGCAAUGUUGGUAGGAAAAUGGCUUGA